AUGGGUUGUAGUUUCUUCCAUCGCCCACCUGUAUUUGGUUUCUGCAUCAUGCUCUUCGUCGUCUUCCAGACCACGGUGGCACUUUACAUCGCAGGUAUCCUGACCACCUUGGAGAAGCAGUACCGCAUCACCACCUCCGUUGGAGGCUUAGUCCUCUCCACCAGCGACUUCGCUAGUCUCCUCUCCAUCAUCGGGUUGACUUACCUCGGCAAUAAGUGGCACAAACCGCGCAUGCUGGGCGUGCUGGGGAUCAUGACGGGCCUUGGGGGAAUCCUGAGCGGAAUCCCUCACUUCAUGUACCCGGCUUACCGAGAGGAUGACGCCGUGCCGAUCGGAGGAAACAUCACCAGUUCCAACAUUUUUGUCUGCGAUGCGGGGAGAGAGGAAGAGAAAUGCUCAGCAGAGGAUAUUGGUGAAUCCGGCUCUAGGAUACAUGAGAUGUGGGCCUUGCUGCUCGGCCAGGCCAUCAUGGGAUUUGCCUACGGGCCCAUCUUUCCUAUCGCCCUGACUUACAUCGAUGAUCAAGUCAAGGGUACCACCACGCCAUACUACCUUGCUCUUCUCCUGACAGGUGGCUCAACUGCCACCUUGGUUGGCUACGGUCAAGCCUUCUUAUUCCUCCCCCUGAACGUCAACUGGCCGGCCGAACCAGACUACACCAAGGAGUGGAUCGGAGCCUGGUGGAUGGGCUUCAUCCUGGACGGCAUCAUCAUCAUGUUGGUCUCCAUCCCAUUCUUCUUCUUCCCGAAGGAGAUGGAUGUUGAGAUUGACGAGAAGGAUAUACCGAAGGAGAAGCUUGCUGUGAUGAGGAGGAAGGGCCAAGAUGAGAAGCUUGGCGUGAAAGAUUUUCUUCAAGUCUCCAAGCGAGUUGGUACCAACUUUAUCUUCAUGAUCAUUCUGGUGGGCAACAUCUUCGACUUGGCAGUGGCUGCCUCCUUCGGGUUCUUCAUGGCGAAGUUCCUGGAGGUCCAGUACAACAUCCCAGCCGCCAAUUCCUCCUUAUUCGUCGGAAUUAUCAUCAUGCCUGGCGCUCUACUUGGCAACAUCGGUGGCGGAUUAAUUGUCAAGAAGCUGAAGCUGACCUCCAAGGGAUGCGGGCAGUUCGUUGUGGUUUUUAACAUCAUUGUCAUGGCUUGCAUUCCAGGCGUUUACUUCCUAUCGUGUCCGGUACCUAGCUACUCCGGCUUCGCUGACGGCAAGAUCAGCACAACUAACCCAUGUAACGAAGACUGCACUUGCUCUGAUGGGCGAUACGAACCAGUCUGUGGCUAUGAUGGACUUGUAUACGCCACGCCGUGUUUUGCUGGCUGCACCGGGCAACAGGAGAAUCAGACGAGUGACCCUAAUACCAACAUCACGGUGUACACUGGUUGUGCAUGCAGUGCAGCCAAUGCCACGGAUGACUUUUCCAGACAGGCAAUGGAGGGCAAGUGUCUGGAACCUUGCAACAUGAUCUACUUUGCUUGCAUCUUCCUCUUCUGCAUCGUCUUCUUUGGGACAGUGAACAAGAAUCCAUUAGUCAUCAUGACCUUGAGGUGUGUUGAAAACGAUAAGACGUACGCCCUCGGAGUGCAGUCAUUUUUUGGACGAGCUUUGGGUUUUCUACCGGCUCCGCUGUACUUCGGGGCGGCGAUUGAAGGCGCUUGUAUCCUGGACCGAAUCGAGUGCGGCGUGGCAGGCGACUGUCUCAUCUACGACGCUGCGCUCUUCCGACUUACCUUCCUUGGAAUCUUCUUCGGUCUGAAGGUUCUUACACUGGCAUGCUACGCCACAGUUACAGUAAAAGUGAUCACAAACGGAAGGGAGGAGGGUGAACAAGAUAAAUACGAAGAAGAAUUGAAGAAUGGUGCCCUGCAGAGUGGACUAGAAGGAGCGUAUAACAAAGGAUACGAUGGCGAAUAUAAGCUAGGGACCAAGACGGAUCUCACCGAGCUCUAAUUCGAUCAAGAUCACCUUGGGAGAAUACAAAGAAAUUAACUUCAAUUGUGUUCAUUGCAGAUGUUAACAAGAUGUUUGUUUUUAGAAAAUUGUCCAG